AGUUUAUCAAAAGAUUGAUUAUGCUUGGUUUAUUCAUUAUUAUGCUUAAUGCAAUAUUUUAUGAAUGAUAUGAAGGAGUAUUAUGGGAGUGGAGAGACAAAGAAAGUGUCAUGGAGAGAAUCACAACUCAAAGGGUUGCGUCGUUUCCUCAUUGAAAAAGAAGAAGAUAUUUUGAAGGCCUUAAUGCUCGACUUAGGAAAGCAUCAAGUUGAAGCUUUUAGAGAUGAGGCUAGAUUGCCACAAAUAGCACUGCUUAGUAGUGCAGAAAUUGUUCCUGAACCUCUGGGCCUAGUCCUCAUUAUUUCAUCUUGGAAUUUUCCCUUUGGUUUAUCCUUGGAGCCACUAAUAGGAGCAGUAGCAGCUGGAAACACAGUGGUCUUAAAGCCUUCAGAGUUGUCACCAGCAUGUUCUUCCAUACUUGCCCUUGGACUUCCCAAUUUCUUGGACUUCCCAAUCAUAAGGUGUUUGAAGAUUCAUUAGUUCUAAAACUUUCUGUAGUUUAUUUCAUGCCAUUGGAUUUGCUUAGCUUAUCAUAGAUGUGGCCUCUUCAAUUUAAUUUCUCCUGUUUAUGUUUUUCUGUCUUUUAGGCUUGGAUUAUGCUGACCCAAAAGGAAAAGGAAAUUUUUUUGGAAAAGUUUUUCUUGCUGCUGGAUUAACAGCAUUAUGCAUUAUAUAUCUUCUUGGUUCAGAUUAUGCUUUCAGGUUAUUUUGAUUCAGAUUUGGCUCAGGGUAUUCAGGUGAUAAGAGGCUAUUUUUUUAUGAGUUCAAGCCUCUGGAAGCCUUGAAUCCCAUCUCUUUAAAAGAAACUUUAUAUAUUAUUGGUUGUUAUUAAUAUUGUUUCAAAUUGAAGAGAUGUUUCUGCUCACCUCUAUCUAUA